GGCGGAGACUUCGGGCCGCUUUUUCGGCACGAAUUUUUUGAUUUUUUUUAUGGUGGUGGGCGAGAGCGGGUGGUCGGAUAGAUCGGCGAUGGAGGCCAAUGUGGAGGUGUGGGAGCUGCUAGGAGCUUCUGGAUACUCCGAAAAAUCUUUGGAGGGGCGCUGGAAGUGCUUGUUGGUUUGAGUUUGGUUGUCGCCGACGGGGCCCUUCGACGUCCUGCUGGCCUUCCUGUGGAAUUCUUCGCCCUUCGAUUUGCGGGAAAAUUUUGAAACAAGAAACUCAUCGCAAAGCCUACCACAGGAUCACCAACUGCCCGAUCACCAUCGACUCUUCCCCGAGAUGCCCGACCAAUUGAACCAAUUAACCGAUUACUGCAAACACAAAUGCUCCAAGAAGGAUCUACCCAAGGUAAAAAGCGACCGCUGCGACGAGACGCAGAGCGGCGGCGGCGGCGGCGGCGGCGCCAAAUCGGAGUUAACCUGCAAGUGCGGCAAAUGCUUCCAGCUGAAAGAACUAGUGGAACUCUACCAGCACAACAAGGACGGCGCCAGCGACGCCUCGAGCAAAUACAAAAUGGCCUACGUCUGUCUGGACUGCAAGUUCAAAUACGACCCGAACCGCCAAUCGUCCUCCCUCAUAUCCUACGAAUGCACCCCGGCCCUGCCCAAAAUCUCCACCAUCGAAACCAUCAUCAGCAAGCAAAUCGACCGCGGCGACAACUCGAAGAUACUCGACGCCGGCGAGAUUAAAUUGCGCGAGGCGGCCGGCGGAGGCGGCGGCGGCGGCAAAUCGGGCGGCUGCGGCACCCCCUGCAAAUGCCCGACGUGCAAAUGCGAAGGCGGCGGCAAAGACGGCGGCGGCGGAGGAAAAGACGGCGGCGGUAAAGGUUGCGGCAAGAACAACUGCAAUUGCGACCCGUGCGGCGGCGGCGGUAAAAAGGAGGGCGGCGGCGGCGGCGGUAAAGCGCCGCUACCGUGCAAUUGCACCGAUUGCAAGUGCGAACCGUGCAAGGACCCCAGCAAGGCGAAGAAGAAGGAGGGCGCCGGCGCCGACGGUUGCAAGUGCGGCGAUUGCUGCAAGUGCACCGAUUGCGAAUACAAAAAGGGCGACAAGAAGGAGGCGAAGGAGGAGGCGCCGUGCACGUGCAAGGAUUGCACGUGCCCCGUGUGCACGAAAAAGGGCGCCGCCGGCAAGGAUAAAAAGGAGGGCGGCGAGUGCACGUGCAAGGAGUGCUCGUGUCCGGUGUGCACCAAAAAGGGCGACGACAAAAAAGCUCCGCCGAAAUGUCCGCCUAAACCCGACGUUAUAUGCGACUGCGUCAAGUGCAAUUGCUUGGUUUGUCCCGGCGCCAAGCAAAGCAAAGCAGAUUGCAGUUGCCCCGCCAAACUUAGCGAAUCGCGAGCCGUCGUGCCGGCGGCUACGAGCGAAUCCAAAAAAAGUAUCGCAAAACCGACGCCAGCGCCACCGCCGAAGGCCGAUUGCGUGUGCAAAACGUGCAUUUGCAUCAAAUGCCCGUCGGGGAACGUCCAAAAGGACGAGGCGCGACCGACGUCCCCGGACAAAAAGGACGAAUGCAAAGAGGACGUGCCUACCGUAAACGCCACGGCUACACCGAUGAGCGCCAAACCACCCGAAACGUCGAACGAUCCCUGCGACACCGAAGCCCCGCCAGACCUCAAGAUGGGUGAUUGCGAGAUAAGCGACGCCAAACCCGCCAAACGACAACCAAAGAAUCCGGAACGCAAUUUCGGCGACUCUGGAAGCUACCACAAAUGCUGCUCGAGCAAGAAUCUGAUGCAACCCAUCAACCACCCUCAACUCUAUAUGUGCUCUUUGUGCAACCUCGCUCAAUCGACCCAACAACCCGACCAAAAACCGACACACUCCAACGAACGCGAAGAAGAUUUCCUGAUCGGCUAUUGCACCUACUGUUCUAUGGUCAAAAUCAACAAACUCUCCAAAGCGAGCAAGGUGUCGAAAUCGACGAAACCAGCGAGGAAACGGCCGUCGUCGUUCUUGAAUUUCGCGCGGAUUCCGCCGUUCGAGCCGCCCCGUCGGCUGCUCGCCGGCUCGGACUCGUGCGCUUGCUGCGUGUGCUCGGCCAGGCGCGCCGCCUCCGCCUCCGCCUCCGCCGCCGCCGCCGCCUCGGCGAGCUUCGACGGCAAACCGCCCGCCUACCACUCGAUUUUGAAGGUGAAAUCGUCGACGGGGGGGCGCGCUGUGUGCAAGAGCCGCGCCACCGAGACCGAGGAAUCGAAGCGCAGGCCGCGCAGGCCGGGCGACGGCGCGCUGCGGAAGGUGUUCGUGAAGAAGGAGCGCGAUUUCGACCAGACGUUCUCCAAACUGGCGUUGGCCUACCGCGGCUUGGUGAAGAAAGGUAAAGCCAAAGACGAGAUGAUUACCGGGUUGAGCGAGAUGCUGGAGACUUUGGGGGCUUCGAGCACCAAGGAGUGUUUGAUGCGUUGCACGUUGGCCGGCAGCGCUCCGGAUUACGAUCGAUGCGCCGACUCCACCGUUUCGCUUCAAUCGAUGAGAUUAUCUUCGUCGAUUAGCUUGCGACGGGACAGCGCGAAGAGAAGCGCCAGUUUGGAUCGAACCGCGCAACAAUCGGACGAUGUCCACACCAGAUCGAGUCUCUUGACGACUAUAAAACACCUGCAGAAGCAGUACGAGAUGAAGGACUACCAGAUCAAGAAGGCCGCCAUGCUGCUGCAAUACGUCAUACUGAUGAACAAACUAUCGGAACACGUGAACUUCACGAAAUCGAGAAUGAAAACGAAGAACGAUCGACGCAAGGAGAAUGGCGGAGCCGUUACGGUGCCGUUGAGGGGCAGCACGCCCUACAUUAUCGUGAACCUGGAGGGGUUCUCCAUCGUGAACGUGGCGCCGCUGUCGCCGGACACGCUGGUGGUGGAAUGGUCGCCGCCGGACACGGCCAAGAUCAGCGGGUACGACGUGCUGGUCGACGGCAAGGAGAACCACAUGAUCAUGAACGGCUACAGGACUUGUACGCUGAUCGAAGGCCUCGAUCUCUCGGCCGUUGUCUCUAUCGCUGUGUAUGCUGUGACUGUUUACGGAAGAUGCGAGCCGCCCGCUACCGCUAUCUUUGAGCCCUGUACCGAAUGUGACCAACUAUGAAAUUGAGUAAUUUUUUCGAAAUAGACAUUUUGUAACUUGA